UCUUUUCUUUUCUUUUCUUUUCUUUUCUUUUCUUUCUUUCUUCUUUUUGUACUUUACUCCGUCCUCCUUCGUCCUUUAAAUCGUUGUCUGUCUGUGUGUGUGUGUGCGGGUGUAUGUGCGUGUGUCUAUCUUCGACUUCUCAUUAUUUUUCUUAAGCGCCACUGUUUCUUGUCAUACAACACUUGCUCCACAAACACACGUACCAUCGCACACACCUUCCCAAGUCGCAGUUUUGAGUUGCACCUCUUUGAGCGGGCACCAUGACAUCCAAUAUCAAGAUCGGCCCUUACAUGCUGCUCGAGACCCUCGGCGUGGGCUCCUUUGGCAAAGUCAAACGUGCGGUCCAUUCACUCACCGGACACACGGUUGCCAUCAAGAUCAUCAACAAAAACAAGGUUGUGAACCAGGACAUGUUUGCUCGGGUUAAGCGGGAGAUCCAGUACCUGAAGCUGUUGCGGCACCCGCAUAUCAUUAAGCUAUACGAGGUCAUUUCCACCCCAACAUCAAUAUACAUGGUCAUCGAGUACGCGGGAGGGGAACUGUUUAACUACAUUGUCGACAACACCAGGCUAUCAGAGGAUGAGGCACGGCGGUUCUUUCAACAGAUCGUAUGCGCUAUCGAGUAUUGUCACCGACACAAGAUUGUUCACAGAGAUCUCAAACCAGAAAAUCUGUUACUGGAUCCCUCGAUGAAUGUCAAGAUUGCAGAUUUCGGCCUGUCAAAUAUCAUGACCGAUGGCGACUUUUUGAAGACAAGUUGCGGGAGUCCAAACUAUGCCGCUCCCGAGGUUAUCUCAGGAAAGCUGUAUGCGGGACCAGAAGUCGAUGUGUGGAGCUGUGGAGUCAUUCUCUAUGUCAUGUUGGUCGGACGACUGCCUUUCGACGACGACUAUAUUCCACUGCUGUUCAAAAAGAUUAAUGGCGGCAUUUAUUCGUUACCGUCGUUUCUUUCGCCAGAAACCAAAUACUUGCUGACAUCCAUGCUGGUGGUUGAUCCUCUGAAGCGCAUCACAAUUGCUGAAAUUCGACAGAACGCAUGGUUCAACGUUGGACUGCCAGAAUACCUAAAACCUCUGCCAUCGGGAUCAACGGAAGACACGAUCUGUAAUUUGCAGGAGGACAUUAUUGAAGAACUCAUGAAAAAGAUGAACUUUCCCAAGGAGACGAUCGUUAUGGCACUGGAAGAGCGGCAAAAUAACCAGAUCAAGGUUGCAUAUCAGCUGGUUGUUGAUCACAGGCGGAUGAUUGAAAAUGCAUCUCAAAUGUCGCCGCAAAAGCCGUUCCAGAGUUUCCUGGCAACAUCACCACCGCCCUGGAAUGUAACGGAGAAGGACGCAUCACCUAACAAAUCAGUAACAGGAUCGUCGGUGGGAUCUGCAUUAAAAUCCGGUCCAGAUGGAGGAGACACAUCAGAUGACUAUACAGAUUCACCAGUGCCUUCGUCGAUUGCAGUGCUCAGCACAAGUUUACCGGGGAACACGUUCGCCAAGGAACUGCAUCGGAAAGCCUCCUUGAAGAAUACACGGAGGGAUCGCGCAAGCAGCCAACCGCAAUCUCCGAAUCAACAGUCAUACCAGCAAAACCAACUCACCUUGCCAACAUAUGGGCAGCAUACUCAUUCGGAGUACGGUGCGACCACAGCGUUCCAUCAGGCGGCUGUGUUGGGCAAUAGCAGUCUUGGAGGAGGGAUCCCUACCCCAGCGACGACUACGAAUGCUGGCUCACGGACCUCGGGAUCGAAUAGUAAUUUGGCGAUUACAUCAGCGACACAAAGACGGAUGAAGGCACGUCCAAAAUGGUAUUUUGGGAUCCGGUCACGGAGCGCACCUCGGGAAGUAAUGGCUGAGAUCUACAGGGCACUUUCGAACUUGUCGAUGAAGUGGAAAAUCAUCAACGCGUACCAUUUACGAGCAAAAUAUGAGUAUGCGGAGGGAUUUGAGGUUAAGAUUGAGCUGCAGCUGUAUCGUCUGGAUAGCGAGAAUUAUCUAGUGGACUUCAAGUAUGUGGGGCAGCAGUCUGCGGCGGAGAUGGAGGCGAGGGCCGAGUUGAUGAGGAGUAUCAAUGAAGAGUCUCAGAGGAAUUUGAGCAUGUAUCAACAACAAUAUCAACAGCAGCAGCAGGCUUCGGCAACGAUGACAGAGUUCCCGACACCGACUAUAGAGGCAAUAAGAGCUGCCGACGAGGUAGAUGCUGAUGUAUCAGGCGCAGGAGAUGAGCAUCCCGUCGCGGUUAUAGCUCAAGGCGCGGCGCAUAUCAUGUCGGACCCUCAGGAUAUUCCUCAACCGAGCUCAUCGUCCGCCAUCAACGGUGCCGAACACCAUCUCUCGUCUACAGUGCCUACAUUACGGCCCCUUCAGCCGAUUGUCAGUUUUCAGACGGGCGUCAACGCCAACGCUGGUGUCAGUGCCAGUACCAGUGCCAUGGCCCAUUCUCUCAGAUCAAACAACAGUCCUGAAGAGAGCGCCAUGACAAGCAUGUCCCUACCGGUUCGUCCACGUCCGUCUAUCAGCAUCAAUAUUAGCAACAGUAUCAGCAAUAGCGCAAGCCCUGGGAUCUUGUCAUCGUCACUGAUGCAGGAGCAGCAGCUCCAGAAGGAAAUGAACGAGCUGCGACAGGAAUUGAAGCACCAGCAACGGCAGCGGGAUCUGAAGCAGAGACCCACGCAUCUGCUGUUCCCGAAGGCGAGUUAUCAGCUUGCUUCGGCGACGAAGGAGGUGACUUCGCCAUUCCCCUUCUUUGAUGUAUGUGGUAAGCUGAUCACUGAGUUGGCCAUCGGAAGCGGGUAGGCAAGAACCCAAGGAAGACCGACAUUGAACUCGGGUCUUUGAGCGUAUACGUUGACACUACAUCACCUAUACCGCAACUCAUCUUGUAUUUGUAAAUAAAGGACGAAAAGAACAAGCGUGAUGAUGAUGGAUU